AUGGUUGAAUCGCGGAAUGGCGCCUCCCAGGAUGAUCCGAGCAUCGAAGCGAGCACGAAAGCGGGAGCGACACAGAACAGCAAUGACGGAUCCAUCGCGAUCGAGGUGCCCAUAGGUCCACACCCAGGCACGGUGACCGUUCCCGAACAGUACAUAUUUGAGCAGAACAUCAGACAGAUGCAGCGGGCUGCAGGAUCAGACCCGACUCGGGAAGAUAGCUAUCGGCUGCAAGGCGUGCAAAUGAUUGAUAAUGUGCGCAAAGCGCUUCAACUGCCGGUGCGAACUUUUAAUACUGCUGUUGUCUACUAUCACAGAUUCCGCCUUCGACAUCGAGAAGUCGAGUACAACUUUCAGGAUUCUGCCUUGGCUGCGCUGUUCUUGGCAUGCAAAGUGGAGGACACAAUCAAGAAGGCCAAGGAUAUCCUAUGCGCGGCGUAUAACCUCAAAAACCCCGAACAUCAAACUACGCCAGAUGAUAAGCUUUUUGAGCAGUCGUCUCGCGUGAUGGUCGGGCUUGAGCGAAUGAUGCUUGAGAUCAUUGGCUUCGACUUCCGGACGCGACAUCCCCAAAAAUACCUAAUCAAGGUUGUCCGCACCCUUCUCGGCCCCGAGCAGGGCAAAUCGUUCCUGCAGAUCGCGUACGAGAUGUGCAUGGACAUGUACAAGACCUUUGUACCCAUCAAGCAGACCUGCCUUACCAUGGUUUUAGCCAUCGUCGAGCUCACGUCCCGGGUCACAUGUCAAUACGUGGACGUCAUGGGGGAAAUCAACCCAUCUCGCUGGAAUGUCACACGGCAGAGCGUCAUGGAGACCAUCCUUGAUCUGCUAGAUCUAUACACUCAGUUUCACAAGUCGACCAAGCUCGGGCAGCGUUACGAUCUUGCCAGGUUCAUCGACGUUAAGAUCAAGGUCAACGCAGAACUGGACGCGAAGCCAGAGCUGUCUCGGCACGAAUUCUCGUGCCAACCCUGCGCUGAAAGGGCGUUGGCCGAGAGCCAGGCGGCGGCUGCCCCAGGCGCGGGUCCCGGUCUCAUCACCGCUCUUACCAUGACGGCGACGUACAACCCCCUUAGGACCGGGAACAAGAGUUCGGAGAGCACGCUACGGCUCGUGUUCGACCGUGAGCAGGCGAGGCGGGAAGCAGAGACCGUGUCAAGCUACUUCAAGGAAGAGUAUGAAGAGAUUGAGGUCGAAGUUGAGGAGUUGAUCCCGGAGCCCGAUCGUUUCCCCGAGAACCAACCCAACCCGCUUGCCUGGUUUCUCGGCCAUCUCACCUUGAUCCUGUGCACCGUACGAUACGCCUUCUCAUGGCUGCGAUUCAACUACUAUGGCGGAAUGGCUAAGUUCUCAUACCGUACUUCGUUCAUCGCCGCCGCCUUAACGUACGGCAUCGUCGUUUACAAGACCUUCAAGGCGAGGACCAAGUCCGGUGCCCCCCCCAAGGUAGUUUCGGCCCCCACCUCGUCUCCCAACGGAAAGCCUCAAUACGCCCCGAACCCCCUUUCGGAUAAGAUUGGUGCCUUUGUGAGGACCUACUACGAUGAUUCAAUGGCUGUCGUCUCGUCUCUCGAAAUUCUCCUCUGGGUGCGCAUCCUCCUCUCCGCCAUCACCUUCCAGAAGGGUUCGUGGAUCCUCAUCGCCAUCUACACCGUCUUCCUCCGCGCCCGUUUCGCCCAGAGCACCCACGUGCAAAACUCGUUCCAGCAGUUCGAGACCAAGAUUGACGGCCUCGUCGGAUCCCAGGGAACCCCCUGCGGCCCGCCAGGUCUAGAUCUCUGCUAUGUAACCGAGAACAUCAUCGUCACCUCUGGGCCUUCGCAGUCGUACCCUAAGCGCGCGUACCGAAACCCACUCGACCAAGUGGUGGCCUUUUUAGACGAGAAGCACGGCGAGGACUGGGCGAUAUGGGAGUUUCGCGCCGAGGGGACCGGGUACCCCGACGAAGCCGUGUAUGGGCGCAUCCUGCACUACCCAAACUGGCUCCACGGUGGCCAGUUGAAGAAAGGUGGGGUAGGGGGUGUGGUUGUCGGAGGGGUCAGCGGGGUGAGCGCCGCAAACAGCACCGGCACAGCCACCCAGGAGGAUGGCGGACGCGAGGGUAGCGGAGGAAAAGGGGGCGAGGGAGACGGGGAGGAAGAGGCGGCGAAACAGAGCGAGGCCGCGAGCAAGAGAGUGGUGGUUGUGCACUGCAAGGCCGGCAAGGGACGCAGCGGGACGGUGUCCUGCAGCUACCUGAUCGCCGAGUGCGGAUGGAAGCCCGCCGACGCGCUAGCGCGGUUCACCGAGCGGAGAAUGAGGCCCGGGCCGGCGGCGGCGUCGCGGUCCAGGGACAGCAGCGUCGAGAGGGCGUCGGCCGGGUCCGAGGAGGGCGGCAGCGGCGGUGGCGACACGAGCGCCGCGGAAUCGGUCAGCAGCGUCAAGGCCAAGACGAAAAAGGCCAAGGCCAUCAUUCGCACCCUAUCGCAAAGGGCUACCGGGAACGGGGCCCGCGAGGGCCCGCGCGGUGACAAAGCAGGAACCGGCGCCGAUGGCAUCGAUCUCGCCGAGCUAGACCCCGCCGCCGCCGCGGCCCCGACCUCGCGCGCGUCAAACCUAUCCCCGCCGGGACGCAUCUCCACGACAGAGGCCGCGCACCGAGCCAACCCGCCCGCCGAAGCCAAGGGCGGCGCGGCAGUGAUCCUGAAGCCCGGAAAACCCGUGGUGGUGUCGACGAGCGACGUCAAGAUUAGCGCGCGGCGCAGCGCCAAGGCGCCCACGUCCAUGGGCCCCACGUUUGUCACGUCGGUGGCGCACGCGUGGUUCAAUGUCUUUUUCGAGGGCCAGGGCCCGGAGCUCCGCGGGCGGCCCGAGAGCAGCGGCGUGUUUGAGAUUGGGUGGGACGACAUGGACGGGCUCAAGGGCAUGGUGCGGAUGCCCCGGUCGUUUGAUCGCGUGGCCGUCGUCUGGCGGGCGGUGGGCGCGGAGGAGGAGGUGAGGCAGCCCGAGGUGGUGGAAGAGGUGCCUGAGGUGAGGGCGGCGGAUUGGAAGGGUCGGUCGGACGUCGAGCUGGAGAGGGUGGGUGCGGAGGGAGAGGGCGUCGCGGAGGAGGUGGAGGUGGAGCACCUUGACGUUAGCUCCACAAAGGACAACUGGUAUAAGACUCCCAUCUUCUCGUCUUUCUUUGGUUGGACAUCAUAG